AACAAAGAGUUAACCUCUUUGAUAACAAAUUAUGAUAUUUUGCAUAGACCAAGUAACGCAUAUAUUAAAAUAAUAAGAAAAAAAUCGGUUUUCGACAUUACAUUCAAGGAAUUGAGGAAAGCCAACAUUCCGUAUUGAGCUUAUUUGAAGUAAGAGGACACACAGUUCAAUCGACCUCGGCAGUAUUAGACCAUUCAGACAGAUGCGAUUCCUCAAAAUCUUUAACGAUUUUCAGAACGUUCAGAUUAAAAGAAAACCUCAUUUACUAAUGAAGAGCCCCGAGAGAAUCGUAAAACAUAUAAAAAUCAAAGAUUCCAGCGAUCUGGAACAUGUUUUUCUGAUGGGAUCAGAGAUUGGAGAGGGUGGAUUUGGAAAAGUCAUUGCGGUCAGGGAAAAAAAUACGAAUGCAAAAUGGGCUAUGAAAAGCAUUUCAAAAUCACUAUCUGGUCUCAAGCUUGUAUUCCUUCAGAGAGAAAUACAGAUCUUGAAAAUGGUGAACCAUCCCCAUAUCGUGUAUCUAGACAGGGUAUACGAGAGCACGAAAAAGAUAUAUCUCAUAAUGGAGUUGUGCAACGGCGAAUUGUGGCUUUUGUUCAAAGAAAGAAAACCAUUUUCUGAGAGCAUAUCGAAAAGAAUCACCACAGAUUUGGUCAGCGCUGUAGCAUACUUGCACAAAAAUGACAUCGUUCACAGAGACAUAAAGCUGGAGAAUAUUCUAUUGGCAAAAAAUCCCAACGAUCCUUCAGAUGAGUAUUACAUAAAGUUGUCGGAUUUUGGUUUGAGUGUCAUCAAGACAGGAACUGGUAUCGAGAGUAUGCUACACGAUUGCUGCGGAACAGCCCUUUACAUGGCCCCGGAGAUGCUUUCUGGCUCGUACAGCCACCAGUGCGACGUUUGGGCCAUCGGCGUCAUUAUUUACCUGUUAAUUUACGGGGUGUAUCCCUUCUUUUCCUCCAACGAGAAAGAACUGGCUCGGAAAAUAAUGAAAGACGAGGUGACCUAUCCGUUGUCGAAAAUUUCCAAAGAUGCUGUGGACCUCAUAAAGCAAGCGCUAAAGAAAGAUCCAGCCUAUCGUAUAACUUCGGCUGAGAUGCUGGACUCAAAAUGGUUGGCUGGAAGUAGCGGGAGAGAAAAUAACAUGAUGGACAUGAUGAAAGAAUGGAGAGACGAAAUCAUGGCACCCAUGGGUGAGGAAAGUGAUUGGGUUUCUAUGGCAGAGACAAGAACAAUAAGAGUACACUCGUACAGCGGAGAAAAAGGAAUGUCCAUAAAAAGACCAUCAAAUCCUUUCUAAUAUCUAAUGAAAAAAAGUGAAUUUUAGCUACUCAUAAAGACAGAGAUGAAAUACAUAUGUGGCUCAAAAUCUAUUAAAAAAUUACCUAAU